UUGAGCUGCGCGUUUUCGAAACGUUUCAACCCCCUUACCUGUUGCCUCAUGGAGCUAUGAAGUGACAUUUUCAAAAUUUAGUGAAAGUAAAAAAGAAAUACAAGAACUUGCACUAUAUUCAUGGAACUUUGGAGGUGGGAAUAGCACACGUUCGCCAAAGCUGUCUUCGGGGGAAAUACGAGCGCGAAGUUAUUGGAAAACGGAGCCGGUCAACGGACUUGAAAAAUAUGUGCUUCGAACAGUCUUAUUAAAGAGGAACUUCUUAUUCUUUUGUGGCUCGACCAGUAGAGCCUUGUUAUAUAGCUGCGUUAUUCGACCGGGGCUGAUAAAAUUGGGUGUCUUGAUUGUCUAAUCGAAGUAACAACAACUUAGUUCAAUACCCCGGAUACUCCAAGUGUAACUGUUUAUGUGAAUAAUAGCGGUUUCGUUUAUUGUGGAUCCAAAGCAGAACAGUGCAGUAGGAUAUUGUGCAAACAGGAUGAUGGGAUCGUCCGGGAAGAGCCUUUAAACUGGUUUGGUGCGGUCGGAUGCCCCGAAAUUCAGGUGGGAAUUCACGAGAGUAAUUCGAAUCGCGUCCCUAAUUAUCCGAAGGUGAUAGAAAUUGUGGUGCGGACAACGCAUGAUGGGCACCGUCAAGUUUGCAGUGGAGGGUGAUUGUCUUUCGACGAUAGCGAUGUAAAACAAAUGAGUCAGCUGAGCGGCAAGACGAGCGACGGUUUCGAAGAGAAGCACCCGCAGUAGAACGAUUAUUUUCGCUGAUGGAACAUGAGAAUUGUAAUUGCAGCUCUAUAGUCCAAAUGAAGGAUUCCCACAUCCAGAAUGAAUAAAAAUGUUUCUGAAAACUGAAGCAUCAAUAAGGCCGCUAUCCCAGGAUCUCAGUUCGAAAAGUCUCAUCGACUUUUAUACAGUCUCGGAGAAUAGCGAAGCGGAAAUGAAUAACGUCAUUUACGAAACGGGUGAUGGGGGUUAAGGAUUUGUUAGAUGACAGUCCGUUCGAUGUUUCUUCGCUAGAACGACGAGACGAGCGCCACUUCCAAGGAUCCCCGAAAGAAAAAGAUAAAACGAGAAACUUGAGGCUGUAGCCUCAAGAGCGGAUCCUUUUUCCCAGCAUCAGUCUACAGAAAGAGCGAUCCUCCCAAAGGGAGCUCUAUCCUUUAGAAAAGCCAGCAAACAACGCCCGGAGCAGCCAUUUUGUCCUCUUCCUUGAAAGAGGUAUAAUUAUUAUACACUUGGUUCGGUGAAAGACGCAGUUACAUUUUUCGGAGCGAGAAAGGAAAGUUAGUUAUAUUUCGUUCCAGUGAAAAUCUAACGCUGGCACUCUAUCAACUCGCGACUCAGUUUUUACUACCUCGACAACUCCACUCGAAGUCUAUAUUUUCUGGAAGUUCUUCCAACUUGCUAUCCUCCAGGAUCGAGCUCGGAACUUGGAAUCUUUUAAUCCUUCCAACAAAUCGUCUUUGUGGCAAAAAAAUGCCAUGCUCCAUCACAGCGGUAAUGGCACAUUCGGUGUCCAAUCUGAACGCAGUCUGAAUGCUUCUUUGGGCCAGUUGAGAUUGAUAUUACGCGGUGGACCAAUCAUGAAUCGGUUCAAAAACUACACCCACAUUCUUGGUAAACUCAACAUUACCGAGGAAGAUCUGGAUUACAUGAACAACUUCAAUACCGAAACCGCCCUGCCAGUGUGUUACUGCAGUGGGCCCAUUCGCGAACUUGCCCAGUCGUACAAACGGUACCAUGGCUACGUUGCUCUGAUGGUCUGCAUUUUUGGCACAGUUGCUAAUGUCCUCAACGUCGUUGUCCUCACUCGAAAAGACAUGGCGGCUGCUCCCAUCAAUCGAAUACUAACCGGACUCGCUAUCGCGGACAUGCUCGUUAUGGUCGAGUACAUACCCUUCGCUGUUUACGAGUAUUUCGUACUUCCGGAACGUCAAAUGUUCCCCUACGGUUUUGCCGUUUUUGUUCUUUUUCACAUGCACUUCACCCAGCUCCUUCAUACUAUCAGCAUCGCUCUGACUUUGACUCUCGCCGUCUGGAGAUACAUAGCGAUCAGAUUUCCGGAGUACAACCACUCUUGGUGUACAGCAGCACGUUGCAGAUUGGCCCUGUGGAGUAGUUUUUUGGCACCGAUGAUUGCCUGCGCCCCAAGCUAUCUCGUAUUCGGGAUCAAAGAAAAAAAAGUUUACGAGAAUGGUAAAGAGGAGCUGCUCUACCACGUUGACAAUUAUUCACGAAAGAGAAUCCUGUAUCAGCUGAAUUUCUGGGUCCUCGGUGUCGUCGUAAAGUUAAUUCCUUGCGUCAUCCUUACUGUCAUCAGUUGUUGGUUGAUCAAAGCUCUGUACAGGGUGAAGGGCAGAAAGCAAGUUUUGAGGGGUUACAACCCUUGUGUCGCAACAAACAACGGUCCAGUAUCAAGGAGACCCAGUAAAUCGGAGAGAAGAGCUGACAGAACGACGAGGAUGCUUGUCGCUGUGCUUUUAUUAUUUCUCGUUACCGAAAUACCCCAAGGGGUUUUGGGACUUUUGUCAGGUGUACUCGGCGACUGCUUUUUUCGUAAUUGUUAUCACAAUUUCGGUGAAAUAAUGGACAUACUGGCGCUGCUCAACGGAGCGAUUAAUUUUAUACUUUAUUGUUCGAUGUCUCGACAAUUUCGUACGACCUUCGGUCAAUUAUUUAAGCCAAGAAUCAUGAAAAAAUGGCAACCCGCGACACAACAAACUGACGUUCAAAGCACGUACGUAUGAUACAAAAAAAACGUGGUGGAAGAAACUCAAGUUAUUUUUAAUUGAAACCAAAUUUCAUGCCAAACAACGAAAAGCAAUUCCUCUUUUUUGUACAAUAUUCAUCCAGAUUUUUUGUACGAAAAUACUUUCUUCCAAAUUUUUGACAUUUUUUAGCAUUUUCCGAUGCAAGUUCGAUCCAAGUUUUGUGCCAAUUGUGUUUUCAACUGAAAUUCGUCUGAGCAGCAAAAGUUGUCAAAAAAGCCAAAACGGCAGAGUUUACGAAUAGUGUACGCAUCCAUGUUUACGUAGAAAUAUAUAUUUCUCAAUGAAUAUAUUCAACCCCAAUUUUCGCGCGAGCACUUUCCUCUUGAUGUUCCCUGACGCCGCUCCUACACGUUGACACUUCAAUUAAGAGCAAAACCGUUAUAAAACUUUUGAAUAAUCAAUUCUUCUUAUUGGCUUAAGAUUUACUUCGAACCCUCUAGAAUAUGAGAUGAAUGUAGAUUUAUACGUGAGAACAAUUUUUUUUCUCAUUGAAACUUAUUUAAACGCCUCUCCGAGUGCGUUGGUCUGAUCCGCCCACGCUCCAAAACUUUUAACGCGUUUUUCUCGCAACACAAUUUUUCGAAACGACACGCAGCACAACACCAACAAUUUUUAUUUUUUCAUUUGAAUCUCGAAAUGUUAUAGUAUUUCAGAGUAAAUUACGUAUAUAGAAUUUUCGACAAUUUCGUUUAAACAUUUUUUUAUUAACAAAUAAUCACUUCUCUUUGAUGUCUACAAUUAAACCAAGGCACCCAGACGCACUCGGCAAUAAUACAAAAAUGAAUGUUUUCCAAAUCUCCUAAAUUUUUUUUUUUUAAUUCUAGAUCAACAAUUGCACGAGUUGAAUCCUGCGUAGCCCCGGUGUAGCAGCCAUAUUUUAAAAUAUUUUGCAAUCAUAAUUUUUUGUUUUACCGUUAAAUGUACACUCAACGAUUCCUUCCGCGGUAUUAUUAUUCUUUUACGUUUCCUUUGAUCCGAAGAAUGAAUGGUUGGAAAAGGCAUUUUUUAAAAUCUUUCCAGUGGUUUUGCUCUUAAAAAAAUCGAGUGUAAGCCCUGUCGCACUCUUGUAUACUCCAAUAUGACACAUUUUGGACUUAAAAUUAUACGUGAUUUUGCUGCUGCAUCAAGUUUACUCAAAACACUUUGGAAAAUAGACCAGGACAAUACUGUGAGGGAACAUUGUUCAAUGUAGAUAAGAUCAUUCUGUGGAACUAAAAAAUAACAUUGAUCCAUCUGGGGCUGAUCCGAUGUUCAACGGUGCAUAAAAAAUCAAACGAAAGAUUAACCCGAAAGAUUGUACGCUGCCUCGAGCAGCUGAUUGACAUUACAUUUUUUUCACGUUUCCUUCCUCUUGUUUUUCUUUCGUCGAGUCAACAAUUUUCAAUUAAAAACGUAUCAGAUAUUAAAUAGUGAUAGUAAUAAUCCUAAAUGGUACCGGGAAACCGUGAAAUUCAUCGAGAAGCAAUGGAGCGAAAUAAGGGAAGGGAAAAGGGCCUUUGGCAGGAAAAAUGAAAACUUGAGUUUGCGGCAAAUGUUCAAAAGAGGUAAAAAAAUAUUGUGAAUUUGAAAGUGUGAGAGAAAAUAACUUUUGGAGCUGCUAGAUUUGUUUUUCCACCCAUUAGCCAUGUGGCAGACGACGGUAUAGAUAGUCGCGGGCUUUUUCCUGUCACUGUAAAUAUCAUAAAAAUAAAAGCGAGUAGAAAUACGUAACUCAUGAUAAAAUGAGGAAAAUAUGACAUGUUACGAGGUCUUGUAUGUUGGAACAGAAAACAACGAGUUUUGGAACAAACUAAAACGGCAUAAAUAAAGGGGAAGGCGUGGAAGGGAGGAGAGAAAACUAUGUGAAUAAAUUAUCGUUCGUACAACCAUGUGCUGUUCAUAAUUAUUUUUUUAACGCCUGAAAAAAAGGACGAGAAAUUCGGCAGAUUUAUAAUUAACGUUAUGUAUCGACAGGUUAAGUAAAUUAGUUGUAUGAAAUGUUUAUAUUUAUUUCCGAUUGAUCGAAUACGAUUGGAUUAAUUUAAUCUUCCCAGACAAUGAUUUUUCUUGCAAGAGCUCAAAUUUAAAUUCAUGUGAAUCUGCGUAUGUUGCUCCUGCGUAAAGCUCAUGAGCGUAGUUCAAUAAACUCAAUGCGAUAAUACAAAAUUCAUAAUGACUCUAGAAGAGCGCUGUAUGCGGCGAUACUGUUGGGCGUACACGAAGAUCCUGGAAGAAAACUAAUGUCGAACAUUGGUUUAAGCGAAAAAACUAUGAUGCAUUAUGUACUUAAAUGUUCUCGAAUAGAAUAAACGAAAAAAUAAUAAUAAUAAA